AUGUUUUACCAACUGUCGAGGUAUAAGAAUUGUCAUUUGGAUAACAAUGGGGAAUUGCAAAACAUGUUAUUGCUUGAUAAACUAAUUGGAGUUGAACGAAUUGAUGUUGUUGUUGACCAAAAAUUGGGCAUUGAUAGACAUAGUAGUUUAGCAAAUCCAUACAUUGAAAAUGAGGAUCAAACAAAUUUGCUUUGUAGAUAUUGUGCGCACAGUGAGAAGGUUUUGUUGUCUUCAGUUUGGGCAAAUAAUGUUACGCAUGUUGGUCAAUGUUUUACAGGAGAAGCAUUUGAGUUUCGUACUAUUCUAUGCAAAUAUGCAAUGCAAUGUGGGUUUAAAUUCAAAUAUUUGAAGAACGAUUCAGAACGAAUUAAUAUUGUAUGCUCACAUAGAGAUAAUAGAGGAUGUUUAUGGGACAGACCACUAACGCGGCCCACUAAUGUGGCAUUUACUUUCAAGGCAGACUAUGGACUUGAUAUCAGCUACCAUGUAGCCAGGUUAGGUGUUGAGAAAGUGAGAAAGGCUAUGCAUGGUGAUUACUUAACAUCAUUUGACCUACAGAGAUGGUACGGUGAUGCUAUUCAGCAUUAUAACCCGGGAAAUGAUAUCAAUAUUGACUAUGAUUUGAAGACUAGUCAGUUUAAAAGAUUUUUUGUAGCAUUCGCUGCGUUCAUAAAUGGCUUUAAAUAUUGUCGCCUUUUGCUUUUUCUUAUUGGAACAUUUCUAAAAGAGAGAUACAAAAGGCAGUUGCUUGUAGCGACAGCUAAAGAUGGUAACCAAGGAUUGUUUCCAGUAACCUUUGUUAUUGCUGAUUCGGAUAGUGAAUCGAAUUGGUCAUGGUUUCUAUAUGAACUGUCAAAAGUAAUUGCUAAUAAUAAUUUUAGAGACAAGUUAAAGGGUAUGAAGAAUGGUUUCAAGGAACACUUAAUAGGGAAGUUGGGUGAUUGUGCAUAUGAACCUACUGUGAUAGGUUUUCAUGCAUUACUAGAAGAGUUGAAGAGUGAGAGGAAGCAACUAGCAUAUAACUUCUUGUCAGGGCUAGAACCUGAAUAUUGGGCAAAUGCUUACUUUAGGUAA